CUGCCGGGUGACUGCAUUGCCUACGUGCUCUCUGAUCCAAUCCAGAAACGCCAGCAUCCUGAUGAACCCAUCCCUACUUAAACGACGGUGCCUCCUAGACGUUUGGCCAUUAGCUAGCGUUGUUCAGCCCACACUGGCAUGGAGGGAACUAGCAGAUCAUUGCCUUGCAUUCUCCUCACGUUGCUCGCGACCACAAGCCUCCUUUGGAAGGAAGCCGCGUGCUUCUCGGCGUCCGGCUUGAACAAGGCGUUCGCCACUUUUUAUGGCGGUAGCGACGCUUCAGGAACGAUGGGAGGCGCUUGUGGGUACGGCAACCUGUACUCCACGGGCUACGGCACGAACACGGCGGCGCUGAGCACAGCGCUGUUCAACGAUGGCGCCUCGUGUGGGCAGUGCUACCGGAUCACCUGCGACUACCAGGCGGACCCGCGGUUCUGCAUAAGUGGCACAUCGGUGACCAUCACCGCCACCAACCUGUGCCCUCCCAACUACGCCCUGCCGAAUGAUAACGGCGGCUGGUGUAACCCGCCCCGCCAGCACUUCGACAUGGCCGAACCCGCCUGGCUCAAGAUUGGCAUCUACCGCGGUGGCAUCGUGCCCGUGAUCUACCAAAGGGUUCCUUGUGUGAAGCAAGGCGGGGUCAGGUUCACCAUCAACGGUCGAGACUACUUCGAGCUGGUGCUGAUCUCUAACGUUGGCGGCUGCGGGUCCAUCCAGUCGGUGUCGAUCAAGGGCUCGCGAACGGGGUGGAUAGCCAUGUCCAGGAACUGGGGUGUCAACUGGCAGUCCAACGCGUACCUCAACGGGCAGAGCCUGUCGUUCCAGGUCACUAGCAGCGAUGGCCAGACCAAGACCUUCCUCAACAUCGUCCCGGCCAAUUGGGGGUUCGGGCAGACCUUUGCGUCCUCGCAACAGUUCUCUUAAGAGGAGAGCUUUUGUUUUUGUUUUUUUGGUCCUUUGGGUGUCUCCGCCAAUACCUUGUAAAGGUUUCCCUCCAUAUAUAUGCUGCCUCACUUGUCCAUCGAGGGACAUCCAUAUGCUUUGCCCAACGUCACCUUGUACCCUCUGUUUACACAUUAAAGGAAAAAAUCUAUUGUUUUUUUCUAGAAGAAAAAAA